AUGAUUAGAAACCUUAUUGGUAAAUUUCAUUUAUUCGUGGCACCCAAGUUAUUUCUUCAUACUAGAAAUUUUCAUAGAAUAAAUAAAACGGAUAGAAGAGAGUUUAUGAUGAGCAAGUUUGGUCCACCUAUAGAUAGAUCAAUGAAAAUCUUAGAUCGUUCAUUCUUUCAAAAAGACGUAAAUUUAUUAGUUGCAUCGUUCCCAGAUCCUAAGUUUCUUGGCCAAUUUGUUAAAACCUGUAAGCCUGAUAUUUUAUAUUUACCAUCAAUUAAGCACAUCGUACCCGUUAAUGAAAAUUCCAAGGGAGUCCUAUUAAGAGAAGACAUUGAAGAUAUAAAUGAUUAUAAGCUGAAGUUGUCACCCAUCACAGUUGAAAAGAUAAAAGAAUAUAAUAUCAGUAUUCAGCCGUAUGUUUUACAUUUGGAUUACAAGUUCUGGAAAACGGACGAUAUUUUGAGAGCUGUUUUGCCGGAAGAUUUGAUAAGUGAAAUUCCAACUGGGUUUGCACAAGCAGGACAUGUUGCUCACUUGAAUUUGAGAGACGAAUUCAAGCCUUACGGAAGUUUGAUUGGUCAAGUGAUCUUAGAUAAGAACUCAAAGGUUGAAACUGUAGUCGAUAAGGUAGAUACAAUUGAUACUAAAUUCAGAACAUUCAAAAUGAAUGUUUUAGCUGGCAAAGAUGAUUUACAAGUUGAACAAAGUGAAAGUGGUUGUCGCUUUAAAUUCGAUUUUAGUAAGGUAUACUGGAACUCGAGAUUGAAUACGGAACACGAAAGACUAAUCAACCAGUUCAAACCCAGAGAUGUAGUUGGAGAUGUAUUUGCAGGUGUUGGUCCAUUUGCAGUACCUGCUGGUAAGAAGGACGUACUUGUAUUAGCCAAUGACUUGAACCCAGAAUCAUUCAAAUAUUUAAAAGAAAAUAUAAUCUUGAAUCACACAGAUUCUUUUGUUAAGGCUUUUAAUCUCGAUGGUCGUGAAUUUAUUAGAAACUCACCAAGACUAUUAUUGGAAUGGUCUACCGAGCUGAAGACGGUAGAAAGAAAAAAAUUAAUUAAAAGAAGGAAAAUGAAUUCUGAUUCGAAUGAAAAAUCUUCUACCAAAGACUAUGAGGUAACAACAGUCAACAUCCCGAAAUAUUUCAGUAAUUAUGUUAUGAACUUGCCUGACUCUGCAUUGACUUUCUUGGAUGAAUUUGUUGGUUUAUACAGCGAUCCUAAAGUGGAAAGCGUAAUUCGUGAAAUACCUGAUUUCAAACUUCCUAUUAUAAACGUCCAUUGUUUUGAGAAAUACUCGCCCCAUGAAGAACCCGAACCAUCAUUAGAGGAACUAUAUAAAAGGAUUCACAAAAAAAUUGUAGGGCUAAUUGAUCAUGAAAUACCAUUAGAAAAAUGUCUGUUUCAUUUAGUAAGAAGAGUAGCGCCUACAAAGCCAAUGUUCUGUGUUAGCUUCGAACUACCUGAAGAAGUUGCAUUUAGAAAGAAAUAG